UCUCGUCCCGGUGUGUACGGAUCUGUCUUCCCGCUUCAUCUCACUUCCCACCGGUGGGCGCAGGAGAGCCCUCACCUCACGUCCUGCGCGCCUCAGGAUGGCUGUAGCGGUGUGAGGGGAGCGCGGCCUCCUUGGCGCCCGGUGGGCUGUGGCUGUGGAAGUCUGGCCCUGCAGACCCCAGCGACCUUCUGUGGACUCCCUCCGCCUCCGUGCGAGCCUCGCAGCCCGGAGGAAGGGAGGGAGGGAGCUCACAGUCGAAGGUCAGUGCAGUCGGAGCUGCUUGGUGUGUUCCCUCGUUAUUAAGCUGCUUCAGAAACAACUUUCCCUUAAAGCAAGAGCCGUUCCUGAGGCCGUGGAGGGAAGAAGAGCUUACCUGUGGCAGUGAUGGAUCCUUUGGAGAACAACUUUUUUGAUGUUCCUGAUUAUGAGAACACAGAAGAUGAAAGGUUCCCACCUCUCCCACCUCCUGCCUCUCCAGGAAGAGAUGAUGCUGAAUGGGCUCAAGCUAAUGGAGAACCAGAUGGGAACCAGCAAUCACAAGCAAAGGAGUCUGCUGCAGCUGUACGGAAAGCAGUUAAAAGGCCAAUGCCUAAACUAGAUGCCCAGAGGCUAAUCUCAGAAAGAGGACUUCCAGCCCUAAGACACAUGUUUGACAAUGUAAAGUUCAAGGGUAAAGGGCACGAGGCAGAGGACCUGAAGACUCUUAUGCGACACAUGGAGCACUGGGCUCAUAGGCUAUAUCCAAAACUGCAGUUUGAGGAUUUUAUUGACAGAGUUGAGUCUUUGGGAAACAAAAAGGAAGUUCAGACCUGCCUAAAGCGGAUUAGACUUGACCUUCCUAUUAUACAUGAAGACUUUUCAGAUAACAAAGAUGCCGAAGGGGAAAGCAAUGGACUGGAUACAGCAGCUGAAGAUGUAGGUUCCAGCUCUGGAAAUGCAGAACAACUCAAUUCUGUGUCUGCUACAACUCUCACAGAGGAGCAGCAGGAGCGAAUCAAGAAGAACAGGCAGUUGGCCUUGGAGCGCAGGCAGGCCAAGAUGCAGUGCCACAGCCAGUCACAACACAACGAGCUCUCCACUAGUUACCCAGAAGAGGAGUUUAACACCCCUGUUGCUCAGGAUCCUGCUGACCAUAUUGAAGACACCCCAGUUACUGCACUCAAGGUUGCUGUGGAUGGAGAUACAGAAGCUGAAGACGGAGACACAGAUUUGGAAUAUGCAGUGAAAAGCAGUAACCAUUCUCCUUAG